AUGGAGGGAGCUCGAGAGAUAUCCCCCAAACCCAAGUCAGCAUCUUCAAUGAAACAGGAAGCAACAUCGAACAGCAGCAACCGUUCCUCUUCCACAUCAUCCUCUGCGUCAGAUGAUGUCCACAUUCGCCUUAAACAGAAAACUCGGCGUGUCGGAGGAAGGCAGAAUCAGCCCCGGCAGAACGAACGCGCGAAAGAAGAAGAAGGAGAAAGCGAGGCAGAGGAAACUGACGAUAGUAAUGACACAGAGGGUGCAAACACUAAACGAUGGAGGAACGCGGAAAAGAACGGCGAUCCGGCGGAUAAGAGUAGCCAAGUUCGGAACGACUUGCUCGAUGAGAUGGAGUUGCAUCAAGAAGACACAGGAAUAAUACGGGCAGCAACUGUGCCGUCCUAUUUCCUGGCAGAGGUCCGAGAGACAAAAAAAAUGAAGAAACCGAAGUCAGCGAUCGUCGAAGUCCGCCCUCCUCACAAAUUCUCAUCGGGUCAGCGCCUCGCCACAGUAAGGUCAGAUUUUAAGAUGGAACAAAAAAAGAGCCACUCUUCCAGUUGCCGUGAAUUGAGCGCUUGGCUCGGUAUUUUCUUUCGAAAGCGCAAGAUCUGUAAAACUCGGUAA